UUUACCUAUCUAACUUUAUACAUCUUGCAACAAGUACUUUCUUCGGUACUUUUUACCAUAAAGCAAUUUCUCUUUUAUUCCGUGCUGCUUUUGUUCCGAAGAGUCUUUCGGACUUUCUCGAAUCGUUUUAUUGACGCACGAUUGCGGUAAGCAUGGAAGCUAUUGCUUCUACUGAUGAGUACGAGCAUAGCUUGGCGGACGUUAUGUAUGUAGUGAAUAACAUACCGGGGCCUGGCAUAGAUGUAGCAGACUUUGAAGCGGAGUACUCCGUAGGCUGCUCUUGCGUUGAGAAGUGCAGUAAUUGCUCGUGCACCCGCGGUCCUGAUAAUUAUAUUAACGCUCGGAUUGUUGACGAGAAAUUGGCCGGUCCGGUAUUUGAAUGUAAUGCUUAUUGCACGUGCGGACCGAAUUGCGGGAAUAGAUUAGUACAAAAUGGCCCGCUGAGCUGUUUAACCGUAAGACAGCACCCCGACAAAGGUCUAGGUCUCUUCACGACUAAAUUAAUAAAGAAGGGCCAGUUUAUUUGCGAGUACGCUGGUGAAGUGAUAGGUUUAGAGGAAGCGCGACGUAGAGUCGAAGCUAAUAAACAUAAAGCGAUGAACUACGUUCUUGUAGUGUCGGAACACGUUGGCGAUCGUGCUAUUGCGACUUGCAUAGAUCCAACGUAUUUUGGUAAUAUCGGGCGCUACGCUAAUCAUAGCUGCUGGCCGAAUUCUAGCCUUGUCCCGAUUAGAAUAGAGGGAAUCGUGCCUCGGUUAUGCUUGUUUGCAUCUAGAGAUAUAGAGAACGAGGAGGAAGUGACUUUUGAUUAUGCUGGUGGCGCGAUGGCUAAUUCCGUCCAUUAUCUCAGUGAUACUCCUUGUCUUUGUGGAUCUAGUAAUUGUUUUCGCUAUUUACCACAUAAUCAGAUUUAACAGGCUGAGAUAUUCUCCUAUUUCUACAAAAGUUAUAAUAAUGAUUCUUGUUUUAUAAUGAUGAAGAAAAUUGUAUUAUAGUGAUAUUAUAAAUUAAUAUUAUAAAUCAAAAGAAAAAUGUAAAUUAUAGAUUAAAAUUAUUACAGAAAAGGAUAUCUUUGUGACUUCGUUUUAUUGUUUACGAUAUAAUUGGAGGUAUAACCAUCAGUAUAUCUCAGUCGCUUCCCCAGCAUAAUUGCUAAUAAUUGCUUCUUUACAAUUAAUUAAUGUUAUUAUGCGUUAUAUAGUAUAUGAUGUUUCAGUAAACACCUCGUAUACAGUAUCGUCAUAAAGCAACUAUAUAAUGUAACAAUAUUUGGUGUUUAAG